GCUGGUCCCGGAGACAGGCAGUGCUGGAGCCAUGGACCGCAUCACCUUCAAAGUUAAUGGGGUCGAGUGUUCGGUGGGCGGCGAGGUGUCAUCAGACGUGUACCUAGUGGACUACCUGCGCCAGCACCUGGGGCUCAGCGGCACCAAGUACAUGUGUCGCGAGGGCGGCUGCGGCGCCUGCGUGGUGGCCGUCGCCGCCCCCGACCCCGCCGACAUGCAGCGGAAGACCUUCUCUGUUAAUUCCUGCCUGACGCUGAUCACGCAGUGCCAGGACUGGGAGAUCACGACGGUGGAGGGGCUGGGCGGGCGGCGGGGGGGGUACCACCCGGUGCAGCGCGCGCUGGCCGAGCACAACGGCUCGCAGUGCGGCUACUGCAGCCCCGGCUGGGUCAUGAGCAUGUACAGUUUGCUAGAGUCCCGACACUACGAUGUUACACAAUGCGAAGUCGAAGAAUCCUUCGCUAGCAACAUCUGUCGAUGCACCGGAUAUCGACCUAUCCUCGACGCUUUCAAGAGUUUCGCUAAAGAUGCGCCCAAACCGGCACCAACCGACAUUGAAGACAUCGAGGACCUGAGCACCUGCAGGCACAAGCGCGACGACUGCCGGCAGACGUGCGAGCGAGCCGCGGACUGCCCACAGACGAGCGAGCAGGCCGGGGACUGCCCACAGACGAGCGAGCAGGCCGGGGACUGCCCACAGACGAGCGAGCAGGCCGGGGACUGCCCACAGACGAGCGAGCAGCCCGGGGACUGGUGCUGGGUCGAGGAGACCGACGUGCAGGAUCCUGCAGUCAAGAAAAUAAAGCUCAAAGAUGGUAAAGUUUGGUACAGAGUGCACACCGUCAGCCAAAUAUUUGAAGUACUCAACGUUGAAGGGUAUGACUCGUACAUGCUGAUUGCAGGGAAUACCGGGCGAGGAGCGUUCCACAUCCUGGAAUACCCUCGCGUGCUGGUGGACAUCGCGGCGGUGUGGGAGCUGCAGCGGGUGGUGCUGGACCAGAACCUGGUGCUGGGCGGCGGCGCCUCGCUCACGCGCGCCCUGGCCGCCUUCCAUCGCCUCGCCGCCCAGAGACCAGAGUUCGCCUACCUACAGAAGCUGUACGACCACAUACUGCUGGUCGCGCACAUACCCGUGCGGAAUGUCGGAUCUAUAGCGGGAAACCUUAUGGUAAAACAUCGAGUCCCAACAUUUUCUUCAGAUAUAUUUUUACUGUUUGAAGCUAUUGGAGCUACACUAACUAUAGUGGACCGGUGUGGUCAAACUAUAGAGGUAUCACCAGAAUAUUUCCUAUCGUUGAAUAUGACUGGUCGAGUGAUCCUCAACGUGAAGAUUCCACCUCGCUCCGAGCGGUACCAGUUCUUCUCGUUCAAGACGCUGCCUCGGGCGCAGAACGCGCACGCGCAAGUGAACGCGGCGUUCCUGCUGGAGUUCCAGCCGGGGGGCGGCGCCGUGGCGACCGCGCGCGUGGUGCUGGGCGGGCUGUCUGCCGGCUUCGUGCACGCGCGGGCCACGGAGCAGUUCCUCGCGGGGCGGGACGCGUUCACCAACGAGACGCUGCAGGCCGCGCUGCUGCUGCUGGAGCAAGAGUUGAUCGUGGACGAGAUCCCGGGUGAAAUGUCCGCCGAGUUCCGGAAGAAGUUAGCGCUUGGAUUGUUUUAUAAGGGAAUGCUCAGUUUUAUACCAAAGUCGAUGUUAGCUCCGAAGUAUAUGUCAGGGACCAUAGACUUGCGCAAGAGCCGGCCGCUGUCGAGGGGCAAGCAGGUGUACGACACGAACCCGCUGAUCUACCCGCUGACGGAGCCCUCGCCCAAGGUAGAGGCGCUGGUCCAGUGCGCGGGCGAGGCGCGGUACGCGGGCGACCUGCCACCGCAGCCACGCGAGGUGUUCGCCGCCUUCGUCACCGCCGACGUCGGCACCGGGGACAUCAUCAGCAUUGACCCUACUCCUGCCAUGAAAAUACCUGGAGUGAUCGCCUUCUACUCAGCUAAAGACAUACCUGGCGAGAACAGCUUCAUGUACACGAACUUGCCGAACAUUACUGCGCCUGAAGAAAUUCUGUGCAGCGGCAGUGUCAAGUACUACGAUCAACCCAUCGGAAUUAUUGUAGCUGAUAACGAGGAAGUGGCCAACAGGGCCGCUCUGCUCGUGCAAGUGACGUACAAGACCAAGGAUGCUCCGAUUCUAACAAUCAACGACGCUCGGCGGCGGGACCCGUCGCGAGUGUCUCUGUACAGCCGCAGCACGGCGGCGGGCGCGGGCGACGACGUGCAGUGCGUGCUUGCCGGGACCGACAGCAUCUACCAGCAGUACUACUUCACCAUGGAGACCAUCUCGUGCGUGGCGCUGCCGGGCGACGAGGGGCUGGAGGUGCUGCCCUCGAGCCAGUGGCUGGACGGCACGCAGGUCGCCAUCGCCAGGUCUCUGAACAUACCGCAGAAUACUGUGUUCGUGACGGGCGUGCGCGUGGGCGGCGCGUACGGCAGCCGCAUCACGCGCGCCACGCACGUGCACGCGGCGUGCGCGCUGGUCACGCACCUGCUGGCGCGCCCGUGCCGCUUCGUCCUGCACCUGCAGCCCAACAUGCGCGUCGUGGGCAAGCGCCUGCCCUGCACCAGGGACUUUGAGGUGGGGGUGAACAAGGAGGGCGCGGUGCAGUUCCUGCAUAACGAGGUGUACUCGGACAACGGGCACGUGUUCUCGGAGCCGCUCAUCACGCUGGUGGGCCCCUCGCUGCGCAGCUGCUACGACGCCAGCCGCUGGCGACACGCGCUGUACAACGUCACCACCGACACCGCCUCCAACAGCUGGUGCCGCUCGCCAGGCUCACUGGAAGCCAUCGCCAUGACAGAAUACGUGAUGGAACGCAUCGCGUACGCUCUGGACCUGGACCCGCUGGACGUGCGGCUGCGCAACCUGGACCCGGCGGACGCCGCCAUCAGCGACAUCGUGAGCACGCUGGUGCGGGACGGGGACUACCGGCGCCGCCGCCGCGACGUGCAGCUCUACAACCAACAGAACCGCUGGAAGAAGCGCGGUCUGCGAGUGGCCUUGAUGAGCUGGUACUUCGGCAUCCAAGCGGGGCGACACGUGCUGCUCACCGUCUACCACGGAGACGGAACUGUCGUCGUCAAGCACGGAGGGAUCGAGGUCGGCCAGGGAAUCAACACCAAAGUCAUCCAGGCCGUCGCUUACACACUGAAGCUUCCCACGGCCAAGGUGAAGACGAGAGCGAUAGAUGUGGUGUCGAAUCCCAACACCAACAUCACCGGCGCGAGUCGGACGACCAGCGACGUGUGCUUCGGCGCCAUCAAGUGCUGCGAGCUGCUGCUGGCGCGCCUGGCGCCGGUGCGCGCGCGCAUGGCGGCCGCGCCGUGGGAGGCGCUGGUGCAGCAGGCGUACUCCGAGGGCAUCAGCCUGCAGACGUCGUACUACACGACGGCGGCGGACGAGCGCGAGUUCCGCGUGGCGGGCGCGGCGCUGAGCGAGGUGCUGCUGGACGUGCUCACCGGCGAGCACCACGUCACACGGGUCGACCUGGUUCAGGACGCCGGUGCCAGCCUCAACCCUGAGCUCGACAUCGGACAGGUGGAGGGCGCGUUCGUGAUGGGUCUGGGCUACUGGACGAGCGAGGAGCUGCGCUACUCGGCGCGCUCGGGGGAGCUGCUCACGGACCGCACGUGGUACUACGAGGUGCCGCAGGCGCGGGACAUCCCCAUCGACUUCCGCGUGCAGCUGCGCCGGAACUCCUACAACCCGCUCGGCACGCUCGGCACCAGGCCGGUGACGGAGGCGCCGACGUGCCUGGCGGUGAGCGCGGCGCUGGCGCUGCGGGAGGCCGUGGCCGCCUCGCGCCGCGACUCCGGCCUCGACCCCCGGCAGUGGUUCCCCGUCGACGGUCCCUACACGCUGGAGGCGAACGUGCUGGCGGCGCAAGCGCAGCUGCACGAGUUCCUCUACCACUAGACUGUAGAGUCUACUGAGUAAACGUUACAAUACACGCACGAAAGGAGCCUCAUCGAGUGACGUCCCAAGACUCUCAAGUGUGCCUUAUGUAGGCUAGUUUGCAUUGACUGGCUAAUCUUUCACUACGCCAACGGUGACAAAUCCUUGUCUAACUGUAGUGUUUACAAUAAACACGGGUAGCGGUCUGGGAAAUGUGGCGCUACACAUUAAAUGUAUAGUCAUUGAUCAA